AUGGCAAUGGCAUGGCCACUCGCUUUCUUCCUCUUUCUUCUAUCCCAAUCUCUCUCCCCGUCGCCGUCGCAGCCAAUCCUCCUCCCUCCACCUCACCCCGUCGCUCGUCCAGCCAUGGUCCUCCCUCUCUUUUCUCCUUCCAAUAAUUCCUCCAUAACGUUUCCCAACACUUCUCGUCGCCUCCUGAGAUCCAACUAUAACUCAUCUCAUCCCAGCGCUCGCAUGCGACUCUACGACGACCUCCUCAGCCGCGGGUAUUACACUACGCGGCUAUGGAUCGGGACACCUCCGCAGAAAUUUGCCCUUAUAGUCGAUACCGGAAGCACUGUUACUUACGUUCCUUGCUCUACUUGUGAAAAUUGUGGUACACAUCAGGAUCCAAAGUUUCAGCCCGAAAUGUCCAGUACUUACCAACCUGUAAAGUGCAGUUUGGAUUGCAACUGUGACCAAGACAGGGAUCAAUGUAUAUAUGAGAGACAGUAUGCUGAAAUGAGUGUCACUAGUGGUGUUCUUGCUGAGGAUGUCAUUUCAUUUGGGAAUCUAAGUGAACUUUUACCCCAGCGUACUGUUUUUGGUUGUGAAACCGAGGAAACCGGUGACCUAUACAGACAACAUGCAGACGGCAUUAUCGGAUUGGGCCGUGGUGAUCUCAGCAUUGUUGACCAGCUUGUGUAUAAAGGUGUGCUUAGUGAUUCUUUCUCAUUAUGUUAUGGUGGGAUGGAUGUUGGUGGGGGCGCUAUGGUUCUUGGUGGUAUAUCAGCACCAUCAGACAUGGUCUUUAGUUAUUCGGAUCCUACACGCAGUCCAUAUUACAACAUUCAGUUGAAAGAGAUACAUGUUGCUGGGAAGAAGCUAGGUUUGAACCCAAGCAUCUUUGAUGGAAAGUUUGGAACUGUUCUGGAUAGUGGUACAACAUAUGCAUAUCUACCAGAAAAAGUGUUUGCGGCCUUUAAGGAUGCUAUUAUGAAGGAACUUAAUAGCUUAAAGCAGAUCAGAGGCCCUGUUGCAAGUUACAAAGAUAUAUGCUUUUCUGGUGUUAGCAGUGAUGUCUCUCAACUCUCAAAAAAAUUUCCAACAGUGGAACUGGUAUUUGGCGAUCAGCAAAAGUUAUUGCUUUCACCUGAGAAUUACUUGUUUCGACAUUCUAAGGUAGAAGGUGCAUAUUGCCUUGGGAUCUUCCAAAAUGGUGUGGAUCCAACUACCCUUCUGGGAGGAAUCGUUGUGAGGAAUACUCUUGUUACAUAUGACCGCGAGCAUUCAAAGAUUGGUUUCUGGAAGACUAAUUGUUCUGAACUAUGGAAAAGACUUCAUGUAACUGGUGCACAGUCACCAUCACCUUCAUCUUCAAGUGGGAAGGACCAUUCAACCUUUGAAAUGCCACCUACGUCAGCUCCUGAUGGAACACCUUAUUAUGCUCUUCCAGGGGAUAUCGAAAUUGGUGCAAUUUCAUUGGAUAUAGCAUUGAGUGUCAACUACACAUAUCUAAGGCCGCGUCUGGUCGAACUUCUUGAGUUUAUGGCCAAGGAGCUAGAUGUUAAUGGUUCACAGGUCCAUUUAUUGGAUUUUUCAUCUGAAGGAAAUAGUUCUCUUGUGAGAUGGGCCAUAGUCCCUUCAAGAUCAGCAACCUACAUUUCUAAUGUUACUGCCCUAAACAUAAUAUCUCGGCUCGCGGAACAUCGUGUGACGAUUCCUGAAGCCUUCGGGAAUUAUCAGUUGGUGCAAUGGGAAGUGAAGCCUUCUUUGACGCAAACAUGGUGGCAGCAGCAUUACCUAGGGGCGCUUAUGUCUGUAAUCAUGUUAAUUAUUGUUGGAUUAUUAGCUUCUGGGAUUUGGCUGUGGAGACGCAGACAACAGAGGUUUGUUCUGUAUCAAUCCGUCAACGGAACAGCUCGGGAACACGAACUCCAACCACUGCAGUCUUAGAACCUGUGGGAGAAAAAGAAUGAGAAUUUCAGAGAGAUUUGGGGUAUGGAUU